ACCUAGCGUCUGGAAACGCGUACUAUUACCAUGAUCAACUAGCAGCACUGGAUGAUAUACAGACAUGAUUUACGUAACUUUACUUCAUAUUGAGGACUUGUUGUAUUUCGUACAAGUCAUGCUCUGCUUCCUCUCCUCAGUUUCAGUCAUCCUCUCUGCUUCCUCUCCUCAAUUUCCAUCAUCCUGUCUCGUCUCUGCUUCCUUUCCUCAGAUUCAAUCGCCCUGUCUCGUCUCUGCUUCCUCUCCUCAGUUUCAGUCAUCCUCUCUGCUUCCUCUCCUCAAUUUCAAUCGCCCUGUCUCGUCUCUGCUUCCUCUCCUCAGAUUAAAUCGCCCUGUCUCGUCUCUGCUUCCUCUCCCCAGUUUCAGUCAUCCUCUCUGCUUCCUCUCCUCAGAUUCAAUCGCCCUGUCUCGUCUCUGCUUCCUCUCCUCAGUUUCAGUCAUCCUCUCUGCUUCCUCUCCUCAAUUUCAAUCGCCCUGUCUCGUCUCUGCUUCCUCUCCUCAGUUUCAGUCAUCCUCUCUGCUUCCUCUCCUCAAUUUCAAUCGCCCUGUCUCGUCUCUGCUUCCUCUCCUCAAUUUCAAUCGCCCUGUCUCGUCUCUGCUUCCUCUCCUCAGAUUCAAUCGCCCUGUCUCGUCUCUGCUUCCUCUCCUCAGAUUCAAUCGCCCUGUCUCGUCUCUGCUUCCUCUCCUCAGAUUCAAUCGCCCUGUCUCGUCUCUGCUUCCUCUCCUCAGAUUCAAUCGCCCUGUCUCGUCUCUGCUUCCUCUCCUCAGAUUCAAUCGCCCUGUCUCGUCUCUGCUUCCUCUCCUCAGAUUCAAUCGCCCUGUCUCGUCUCUGCUUCCUCUCCCCAGAUUCAAUCGCCCUGUCUCGUCUCUGCUUCCUCUCCUCAAUUUCAAUCGCCCUGUCUCGUCUCUGCUUCCUCUCCUCAGAUUCAAUCGCCCUGUCUCUUCUCUGCUUCCUCUCCUCAGAUUCAAUCGCCCUGUCUCGUCUCUGCUUCCUCUCCCCAGUUUCAGUCAUCCUCUCUGCUUCCUCUCCUCAGUGUGAAUCAUCCUCUCUGCUUCCUCUCCUCAGUGUGAAUCAUCCUCUCUGCUUCCUCUC